UCCACCUGAAUCCUCAAGGUUUUUUGAUCUUUCCAAUACCGUGAAAUAUAAAUCAUUUUCACUUGAAGAUUUUAUUCUUUUACCUAAUCAUUUCACUUCUUUUGAACAAGAAUUUCUUCUUGAUCAGUCUUUAAAAAAAUUGAAAAGAGUCUUUGGUAAACAGAUAAUUUAUCAAGAGAAUCAUUUUGAUGAUGUUAUUCAUGGUUAUAGAGAAUGUCAAGCUACUCAUUGGGGUGAUCAAAACGAUAAAGUAAUAGAAACUUUUAAUAAAAAAGUUUAUGACCUUUUUCCGAAAACUAUCGAAUGGUUACCGGUUCAUAUUUUGGAUUUAUCUGAAACCGGUGGCAUUAAACCUCACGUUGAUAAUGUUGAGUAUUCUGGAAGCAUCGUUGCCGGAAUUUGUCUUAUGUCUCCAACAGUCAUGAUAUUUCGCCAUAAAGAUGAUAAAAGUUGUAAUUUUUCUGUAUUAUUAGAACCAGGAUGUCUUUAUAUUCAACG